AUGAAUAAGCAAACAAAUUUGCUUGACAUAAUCGACGAAUUUGAGAAGGAAAUUGUGAUGUUGGACAAAUUCAGAAACGCGUAUGUAGUGCACUUCAAUGGUGCUGUUUUUGUUACUACAAAAAUUUGCAUUGUGACCGAAUACGCUGAUUUAGGGAGUCUCCACCAGGGUUCAUGGAGAACAGUAAAAAGGAUUUUGUAUGUACACAUUAAUGGGAUCUUCCAUCUAAACAUAAAGCCGGAUAACAUUUUUUCGUUUGAAGAGAACGUCACUGUAAACGGCAAACUGACGGACUUUGGAUCGAGUCGAAAUAUCAGCAUUCAAAUAAAAAAACGGCCGAUAUAUAUUCGUUUGGAGUGUGUAUGUACGAGUGUUUCAUAUGGCAAAGACCAAUUUUAG